UGUGAUGCAAGAAUGAGCUGAGUUGCUCUCCACCUCACCUGCUUUUACUUGGAAAAAUAUCCUUCCUCUUAUCCGAAGUUCUCUUUGGCACUUUCUUCUUCUUAUUAUUGAACUUCUCUCAUGGCCGGAGCUUUGAGGCAACCUCUCCACUCAACCACCUCCGCCAUUCCACCACUGCAACUCUCUAAACCCAGGGCGACGGGUAUUUCCCCAUCACCGGCUUUAUUCCUCAAGGACAAAACGCAAGGGUCGUCGAAGCUGAGUAGAUUUUACGGCCACCGAAGCCUGAUUGUUAAGUUAGUGGGCAAGGCUUCCCCAGGAAAGGAUGACAUUACACCAGCUGCUGAUGACCCAGAAAAUGGAGUCUCACUUGGUACCAUGAAAUUGCCUUCCAAUACUGAUAUUCAGCGAUUCGAAACCUUGUUGUUUCAGUGGGCGAACAGUCUUUGCCAAGGAGCUAAUCUGCCUCUUCCAGUGCCUUUGAAGAUCGAUAAAAUAGCAGGUGGAGCUAGACUUGGUUUUAUUACAGUCGGAGAUGGAAAGACUGAAGUCCUGGUGUAUAUAGAUUGCUUAGUCUUUCCAGCAACAGAUAAUUCAGGUCCAAUCUUUCGAGCAAUAAGAAAUGGGCCAUUAAAAGAUCAGUCUCCCCCUGGUGAGCCAAGGAUCAUGAGAAGUCUUCUUCAAGCCCUGCAAAAGUCUGUUGAAAUUGCUAGAGUUUGAGCAAGAUUUUUGUUUAAUAUGUACCACUAUUCUCCAUUUCCCCGCACUCCCCAACUUUGCUACCGUCUUCUUUUUCUCUCUUUCCUAGAUAAUUUAAAUAUUAUGUUCAUAGUAUAAAGAAAUCUGAGCUUAAUAGUUCUUCAUUUUCUGUGUCCAGACUGUUGUUUGUUUUAUUCUUUGGAAGAUACAUAUAAAUUUUGAAACAUGAUGGAACAA